AUGUCGUCUCCACCCUCUUCACAAACAGUACAAAAUGAUUCUCAGGCUACUGAAGCGCCUCCACUUGACUUGAGCGAGUUGCCACCCAUCUUCGUUUCCGCCACUCACUUCGCCCAGGAUGACUUGCACAGACUUGAGGAUGACCUGGGUGCGGCUGGUGCAUGUCUGACAUACGAUGUGUCUGAGGCACGCAUUGUACUGACCAAGGUCUUGAGCAAGAAGCGAAUCGCCAUUGAUUUGCGAUCGAAGGGACUCUGGACGGAAGAAGUCAUUGUUUCCGCCGCUGGUUCGAAUGCUGAUCAUGCUGAUGUCUUUGAACGUUCUCGUAAGGAUGAAGGUAGACCAGCUAAGCGCCAGAAGGUCGAUUCAGGCCACAGUCAACUCGCAGCCAUUGUCAUUGACGACGAUCAGAUUUACUCGGAUGACGAGACUGCGUCCUUGACCAAGAAACAGCAUAAUCUAUCAGUUUCGAUAGCACAGAUCAAGUCGCAAGAUGGCAACAUCAACGGCCCUAAUGGAAUUAUUAAAGUCGUCAGAUUACAAUGGUUCGAGGACUCCCAGAAGGCUGGCUACAUCAAGAGUCUCCACGACUACAUAGUUUAUACAUGCCGCGAUGUUGGGAAGCCAGUAUCUUCAAGUCUCGAGCCAGCUUCUCCUGCCAAGCGCAAUACUAAGACAACUUCCGCCACAACGCCGACCAAGGUCGCAUCGUCAGAUCUAGGCUCGUCACCAUCCAGCCGCACAGCAAUCCUCGACCGAGCGAAAGAAGACGCUACUCAAUCCACCUCCCACACCACUGAUCGCUUUGGCAAACGUCGAUUCGGUCAUCAACAAGCUCCCACCACCGAGGCAACAUGGGCAGCAGGUCAUCACAUCAAGAACAAAGCCGCCUACGCCCAUCUCCUUACCAAGACAACGACCGAGGAUGAGCAAGGCUACUCCAGCGAUCUACCCGAGAUGCCGAACUGGGUCAAGCAAGGAGUUAAGUACUCUUGCCAACGACAAAGUCCGCUCUCAUGUCCAAAUGAAGACUUCAUGGGGCUGUUGAAGAAGAUUAGACUUGCGAGGACAUUGACGAAUGAUGAGAUCGGUGUUAGGGCUUACAGUACUAGUAUUGCUUCGUUAGCUGCUUAUCCGUGCAAGCUUUGCAACCCACGCGAGAUCUUGGCACUACCAGGUUGUGAUGCGAAGAUUGCGAACCUAUUCGUCGAGUUUGAGAAUACUGGUGCUAUCGCCGCUGUGGCGGACUUGGAGUCGGACGAAGAUCUGAAGAUCUUGAGGCUCUUUUAUGAGAUCUGGGGUGUGGGUGCUAAGACCGCGAGGGAGUUCUACUUCGAUCGUGGCUGGAAGGACUUAGACGAUAUUGUUGAGUACGGCUGGAGUACACUUAGUCGAGUGCAGCAGAUUGGUGUGAAGUAUUAUGAUGAGUUUCUGGAUCUGAUCCCGAGGCAGGAAGUCGAGGAGAUUGCGAGGAUCAUUCAUCGGCAUGCUGUCCUUGUCAGGGAUGACGGGAUCCAGAGUAUUCUGGUUGGUGGGUACAGGAAGGGAAAAGCGGCUUGUGGUGAUGUGGAUAUUGUGGUAUCGCACCCAGAUGAACACCAGACGCUGAACCUGAUCAACGAUAUCGUUGCGAGCCUGGAAGAGGAAGGUUGGGUCACUCAUACACUUCUCCUCGCAAUGACAAAUAGUAAACGCGACCAAGAAACCCUCCCAUACAAAUCUCGCGAAGGUCCUUCAGGCAGCUACGGCGGUUUUGAUAGCCUCGACAAAGCUCUCGUCGUUUGGCAAGAUCCUGCCUGGCCCGCAAAAGCAUCAGAUGAAGCUCACGCAACCUCGACGGGCGAACGCUUGAGGAAUCCAAAUAUCCAUCGCCGCGUGGACAUCAUUAUCGCACCCUGGAGGACCGUCGGCUGUGCCGUUGCAGGCUGGAGCGGCGGGACCACUUUCGAGAGGGAUUUGAGACGGUAUGCGAAGAAUGUUCGCGGGUGGAAGUUCGAUAGUAGUGGUGUUCGGGAUCGCGUACAUGGGGAGGUGCUGGAUAUUGAGGGAUUCUAUAAGAAUGGAGUAAAGGGUAGGGCGAGAACGAUGGUGGAGGCUGAGAGGAGAGUGUUCGAGGGCAUGGGUCUACCCUUCAUUGAGCCGAGUAUGAGGAAUACUGGAUAG